AAUAGCAGUGCAGAGCUGCCCAGCCCUUGUUCACCAACCAGGCUCCUCCGGUCGGCCUUGCUCUCUCUCUCUCGGCUGGACUCUGCCUCCGAAAGGCGUCUGGAAGAUGGAGAGCUUCCUCAGCUCCUCGCGGUCUUUGGGAGAGGAGUCCCUCCAGAUGUGGGACCUCAACAAGCGCCUGGAGGCCUACUUGGCCAGGGUAAAGUUUCUGGAAGAGGAGAACGAGCUGCUGAAAGCCGAGAUCCAAGGCCUGAAGGGGGGCUUGGUGGAGACCCCCUGGAGGGCCAAGUACGAAGCGGAGGUGGCCACGUUGAGGGCCACCCUGAACCAGGCCUAUCAGGAGAAAUGCGUGGUGGAGCUGGCCAGGGACUCCCUCUACGAAGAGGUCCAAGAGGUGAAGAGCAGGUGCCAGAGGGAGAGGGCAGCCCAGGAAGAGACCAAGAUGUUCCUUUCCCUCAGCAAGAAGGAGAUGGAGGAGGAGAAGCGGGCCCACAUUUGGCUGAGGGAGAAGGCCACCCAGCUGGAGAAAGAGAUGGAAGACCUGGUGGAGGCCCACCAAGAGGAGCUGCUGAGGCUGGACCAGGAGAUGACCAACUUCUCCCAGAGCUUGGACGGCUUCCGUGCGGCACCCGUCUGCUUCCAGCCGGUGGAAGUGGAAGACUACGCCAAGAGGCUCACCAACAUCUGGAAAGGAGCAGUGGAGACCUACAAGAUGGAGGUCUCGCAGCUGGAGGCUUCCCUCUGCGAAGCCAAGGAGAACCUCUGGAAGGCCACCGAGCGCAACCGGCAGAACCAGCUGCAGCUGCAACAGCUGGAGAAAGAGCUGGCCAGCCUCAAGGUCCGGAAGAAGACUCUGGAGGAGAGCCUCUCCCAGCAGUGGGCUCAGCAGCAGGGGGACGCCGAGAAGCUGCAGAUGGCCAUGGAGGCGCUGGAGGAGGAGAAGCAGUCGCUGCGCGGCCAGAUCUCCCAGGUGCUGGAGGACCGGCAGCAGCUAAUGCACCUGAAAAUGUCGCUCAGCCUGGAAGUGGCCACCUACAGGACCCUCUUGGAAGCUGAGAGCACCAGGCUGCAGCUGCCGGCAACUGAUCUCCAGCUGGCCAGGGGGCUCAGAGAUGCGACAACCGAAUCAACUCUCGGCAGGCUGCAGGGGCCAUCGGUGGAUCGGGGCCGCUCGGGGAGCCGGGAUGCCCGCCCCAGCCCUGUCACUCUCCCUAAGCUUCGGGGCUUCCAGAGCAAAGUUGAGUCGCCCUCCUGGGGGGCCAAGACCCCAAGCUCAGCGGCCAGGGAGUUCCAAAAGGCCAAUGCCUCCCUCCGGCACUCUCAGGCCACCAAGAGCAGCGCCGAUGGGUUGUUGCCCCCACCAAAGGAGCCCUCUGCUUUUCGGCUGGACUCCUUGCAGCGCAGCCAGAGGGUGACGGUCACCCACACGGAGAGCCUGGCUCAGUCCGUCUUCUGCACCCGACCCCCACUGACUUUCAACUCCCUGGAGCCGGAGGAGGCUUCCGGAAGGUCCACCAGGAGCCUGGAUCAAGGAGAGCAGAGCGGACAGGAAGUGAAGAGGGAGGCCGAAGGUAGAGGAGAGGAGGGAGAAAAAACCGCUAGAGAGAAGGAGGAGGAGGAGGAAGAAGAAGAGAUACAGCUCAGCCAUGAGUCACCAGCAGAGAGAGAAGUCCUGAACGGGCCUUUUCUGAGCCAGAUGGUUACCAAAGCCGUAGAAACUGCGAUCCAGGAAGUGAACCCCAAAGAAACCCGCCUUGAAUCCAGCUUGCUCACGGCGGUGAAAAGUCAAGCAGAUGUUUCUUCUGACAGCUCUUCCUCCAUGGAAGAGGAGAACACCCUUCCCCUAAGUAGCACCGAGGGGCUGGAGAAGGCCCAGCAAGACCACAGAGCAGGGGGACAACCCACCGACCCCCUGGAGGAGUUCCAGGUCUGUGAAGACUUUGCAGAGGUCAAUGGUGGCCAGGAAGCCUGGGCUGAGCUGCAAGGAACUGAAGAGGCUUGGCGAGCUCUGGAGGCAGAGGCCCCCUUGGCCCUGGGAGCAGAACCACUGAGGGAAGAAAGGAUGGAAGGAGGAGCAGCAGCAGCAGCAGUUUUGGUCCCUGGAGAAAAGGAGACCGAUGAAGAAAUAGGGUCUCCAGAAUGGAAGGAGAGGGAUGCGGAUGAGGAGCUGCCUGCAUUAUUGGUGGGAACGCUGGGCAACGCAGUGGGAGAAGCACCCAAGAAGUCAGAAUUUGCCACGGAGGCAGCUACAAAUGUGAAUGGCAGCCAGGAAGGCUGGGAGCUUGGCAGCCCCCCGACUGAUGUCCUCAAAGGAGCCCCAGAAGUGGACACGGAAGUGGAGGUCUAUGGAGGAGCUGAAGAUGUAGAGAUGGUCAGCCCAGAAGAUCUUCUCUCUGAGGAAAGGAAGGAGCCCCAGAAUCCCCCCAGGGAAGAUAACCAGGCAGAGCGGCUUGAGAAUGAGCACCUGGAGGUGGAAGGAAGCCCAGCCAAGGAGGACCGCUCACCCACCACCCAUACGGCAUGGUCUGCAGGUGAACCCCAGAAAGCUCUCUUCCUGGAGGUGGAGCAGGAGAACAUGGAGAGCCGAGAAGAGCUGCUUCAUGAGACUGAGUCCGCUCUGCCAAAGAAGGAGGAGAAGGAUCUUGAUGCCAGGGUCUUCUGCAUGGAAGAUACCCUGCCCAGAAGCUCAGGGUCUGCCAUAGAUGAAGAUGGCAUCUUGGCAGAUGAGCCAAAGGGGGUCGAGUGCAGGGAAGUCACGGGAGAGGAGGAGGAGGAGGAGGAAGAGGAGGAGGAGGAGGAGGGAGAAGGUGUUGUCGGACCUCUUCCCAUAGAAGAUAUGGGAGAUGAAGGAACAAUGGAGACCGAAGGCUACUUAGAUUUGGAGGCACCCAAAAGGUCCUUGGAACUGGAUGCGACUUUGCCCGGAGAGGACGUGGCAAGCAUCCAAGUGCAGGAGACAUUCCAAGGAGAGCAGAGAACGAAGGUGGCUGAAGAGCAGCUUCUGGAGGAACAGAAGGAAGGAGGAGGAGGAGGAGGAAGGCUCCCAGAGACCCCAUCGGAAGCCGAAAGUAGCAACCUGGAGGAAAGAGACUUGGUGACAAUCUCUGGAGGGCCAGAAAGAGAACUCGUCGUGGAUGUCCUGCAGAUGGAAGAUGUACGUGGGGCUGUUGUGACCGAGAACUUGCUGCUGCAGAAGAAGGAAAAUGGCCCCGAGUGCUCUGAAGACAAAGGAUUGGAGCUGGAUAAUCACCAGGCGGGAGAGCAGCUGGCCGAGGAGGCUGAAGAGCCCUCCAGGGAAGAGACCACCUGGCCAGAAGAAGUCCAAGAGGUGGGAUCCCCCACAGAGGCCAAGGCACCUGAGGAAGGCUCCAUUUCCCCCAGGGAGGAUCCAGGGUCCGAGGAGACCCUCGAAUGUUCAGACUUCAUCCCAAAUUCCCAGGGUGAGAGAGGUGGGGCUGAGGAGGAGGAGAAGAACGCCCAGCUAGUGGAAACAUGGCCAGGCCACUCGGCUUUAGACAACGGGCUAACCAUGCUUGAGACUCCAUCCCUUCCUUCCUUGGAGAGGGAAGAGAUGCCUCUUUUGACCCAAGAGACAGAGGCCCCCAUUUCAGAAGAAGACCCUGCAAGCCGCCUGCUGGCCGAGGAAGACGGAGUGGAGGAAAGCCCUCCAAAGGGAGAAAGUGGUUGCAGUCCACAGGCAGACGGGCCCUGCUCAGAAGAGCCUCUGGCCGCAGGGGGUUCGGCAGAAGUCGUGAUCCAAAGAUCACCAUUCACGGCAGACGGGGAGGAUCAGGGCCCUGGGGAGGCUGAGAUCCCCAGAGAGGAGGAAGAACCGGAAGGGGCCCCUGGCCUGGAGCCAGAGGAAGACCCCUGGCAGGAAGGAGAAGUGGCCAAAGGGCCAGCAGUGCCCAAGGAAGAGGUGGGCACAGAACUUCCUUUAGAGCCAGGUGAUGGCUUUGGGUUCCCAGCGAAUGGGUUUGACCCCAGCUACACCCAGCAGGAGGAGGAAGAGGAGGAGGAGGAGGAGGAGGAGGAGGAGGAAGAUGAUCAGGGGCUCUUGGAAUCUAGUGACCAAGAGCCUACGGAUGUGGUCCCUGCAAAGGUUUCACCCCUGACCAGCGUCACUGACUUGGGAGAAAUAGUGUUGGAAGGGGAUGGCUCUCCAAGUGGCCCAAAGGGGCCUGUACAAUCUGACAUGCUGGAAUCCUGUGAGGACGAAUGUUUCCAUGUCUUGGACCCAGAAGAUCUGAUCCAGCAGAAAUUUGUGACUGUGGAAGAUCCCCCAGGAACCAGCUUCUCUGAGACGUUCCCAGAGGACAUGGUGGGUCUUUCUCUAGAGAGCAAGGGAGACCCCAAUAUUCUGGAAAUUGUAGAACAAGCUCUGGAGUUCAAUCAAGAGUUGAUGAAGGCAGCUGAGGAUGAGCUGGGAGGCCUUGGCAAGGGGGCCCAACGCUCCCCAGAAGAAAGCUCAUCUUAUGCUCCCCCUGCAUGUCUGGACCAGGGACCACCCCAGGACUCUGCAGAAGCUCCAGAAGGCUCUUCUCCCAUCCCAAGGGAAGCCUACCCAUUGUGGGAGAGCCAGGCUAAUGGGCUUCAGGAGGAACCAAGCUUGGACGAGUUCCCAAGCGAACUUCUCAAUGGCCUUGGGCAGGGCAAGACAGACUCUCCUGGAGAUGAGGAUUUUGUCAAGGAGGUGACUAUCACCCCACAGUUCUGCACAGAGGACAAGUUCCCCAUGAGAGAGACCCUAAGCCGGAGUACACUCCUAGUCCCAGCCGGUGAAGAAGGGUUUAAAAGUGGAGACACCAGCCCUGAAGUUCUUGAGAAGGUCACCCUGGAUCAGGAAGGCCAGGAGCUCCUAGAUGAGAACAUCCUGGAUGACCUACGGCAGAAGACCUGCAUGAAAGGAGGGAAGGAUACCAAGCUGGAGCCCAUGCCCUUCCUCUUUGGGGACGAGAUUCGGCGCCAACCCUUGGAAUUCCGACCGGAAGGGGACCUGGAUCUCCAGCCUUCGGAAGAUGACUGAAAGGUCCCCUUUUGGCCAGUGACAAACAGUGUGAUUCCUGCUAAACCUGUGACCCCCUUCUGUCUCGGCCCCACACAUUUUUUCUUUCUUUCUUUCUUUCUUUUUUUUUUGUAGCUUCCUUCCUUCCCUCCAAAUUUGAGAUCGCCCCAUUGACAAUCAAAAGCUUGGAUAGGCUAUGUUUUCAGCCGUUUAAACUUUUUCCACAAUAGGCUUUUAAAAAAAAAAAAGAAUACUUUUUUAAAAGGAAAAAAAGGCACUCAAGUCCAGUGUCUUUUGUCUUCGCCUUAAGGGUAACCAGCAAUUUGGCAAAACUUGUUUUUUUUUUUUUAAAGAAAAUGAAAUGUUUCAUCUGGCUCUAGUUUUGCCCAGCAAGAAAACAAGUUGUUUAGUAAGAUCCAGCCUCCUACCUUGUUUUUCUAAAUGAGGCACUGCAAACUUUUACAUCCCCUCCUCCCUGCCGUUAUCUGGGCCAGAAGGGCUUCACCUAGUGCAGAAGACCCAGAAUUCCCCAAUAGAGCAGGCUGGCUGGGGAAUUCUGGGAGUUGACGUUCACCCAUCUUACAGUUGCUGAGGCUGAGACACACAAAUCUAGAGGGAGAUAUUUUUUUUCCUGAUCUUAUAACAUGCCAGUGUGCCUUACUUUAGGAAUACAUGGAACAAACUGGAGUUUUCAGUAUAAAUGUGAUUGGAUGCUGUUCCCUUCUCAUCCCAGUCUCCUCUCUGCAUUUCCCAGGAAUCGCUUUUCCUGUUAUCCACUCGCCUUUUAUCUCUGUGGGGGUGGGGUGUGUGUGUGUGUGUGUCAGGACACCCAUGUUGGCAAAGGUUCCUCUGCUUUUGAAUGGGACAAAUCUAAGAACCCUGGUAGAAAUAGCCGGUGUUUCGGAUCCUCGGAAUGAACUCAGAAUCUGUGGCGCAUCUCUGCCAGACCCGUUUCAUCUGCCCAGCUCACAAAGCAGAAGUUUCCCCAAGGGCGGGUUUGAUUCAACCCCCUCCUCUCUUCUUAACGACAAAGGGUUCGAGCCCCCAUCCAAACCCAGCCUAGCCUCAGAACAUGAGCAGAGUUCUCCAGAGGAGAGCUAAGGACGGGAGGCCUAGAGGGAUACUCCAGAAACAGGUUCCAGCGUCAUUUCUCCUCCUGCACUUCAGUGCCUUCUACGAUAAAGCUAGGGUGAUAACACCCCCCCACCCCCCGGAGUUCCAGUCGGUGCCUCUGAGACACUAAUAAAACAAUUGAUUUCUUCUCCUGUACAAA